UCUUCCCAAACACUCAAUGUUUUGAUUCAACUAUUUUCAAUUCAUUGCUUUAACCUGUGAUUUUACCACACAAGUGAGCCAUAGAGUAAACUCUAAAACUCCGUCGGACUUACUUCCGGUACCAAGUAAUUGAUUUUCUUCUUGCAAACAGGAUGUAAGAGGACGAUGGUUCCUGGACACCGGCCUGAUAUUAAGGAGGAGAUCCUAGUAUUUUACUUACUAACUGCGGACUGUAAUCAGAGCCAGGUGUGGUUCACUGACGCCAUCAUGUUUUUCUCGUCUGUAUUUAAAUCUGAAAUGGCGCCACACGCUCAAUCACUGCAGCCGUGAGGGCACUGAGUGCAGAGCCUCGGGGUUUCCCCUCCACUUCCUGCUCAACCGUCUGUUAAAGGUGUUAGUUUCCCCACCGUGGUUGUAUUAUUUCAACCUAACAUGUUUUAUAGUAGGCCUACAUCCACGUUCCCCACAUCGAUGGUUCCUCAGUUUACUUUUCUUACGCUGUUAUUCACGUGACUCUGUUUAGUCUGAGACGAGACACACAGGAAAGGAAAGAGUGAACCAGCAAACAUGAAGUCCAGCUGCAAGUGACACAACAUCCAUAAAGUGACGGUCAAAAUUCAUAAGCUGCAGCUAAAAGCCAUGAACUGCAGCGGGAAGUGAAGUUUUCCACAUGACCCAUGCACUCCCCUUUUAAGCCCUCGGAGCCGAUCGAGCCGACAUUCAGAAGACGUCCGCACACUUGACCACUGACUGGAUACGGGCCUGAUCUUCCUGACUUCACUAUGACCCUCAGAUUCCUGUUGGUAGCCUCAGCUCUCUUUCUGGGGGCCACGCUCACCAUCUCGCUGGCAGACCGCACCGCACAGUGCAAAAUCAAAUGGUUGUUUGGGAUCUCGUGCAGCGAUGUCCAGGGGAGGCUGGUGGACCAGAUCAAGGCCUGGCAGAUCAGGCAAAGCUGUCUGUAUGCAGGAGAGCGGUGCUCGUACGAGCUUGUGUCGACAGCUCCUUACCUGAUCAAAGCCACGCACACGUCUCCCACGACAAGGAAAGUGAACAACCUUCAGUUUCUUCUAGAGCAGUCCACCAUCUGCAAAGUGACUGGUGACGCGGUGUCUGAGUUUUCCAAAGAUCCGGCUGACAACAGCACAAACUACUGCAGCCUCCAGAACCUGAUGGAUGGAAGUGACCUGAUCGAUGCUGAGGGAUACAAACAGUUCAGCAAUAAGUGGAUCUGUCCUGGGUUUGAUGCUGCAAACUGCACCAUGUCUUAGGAGGAGAGUAGAUCCUGAGUAAACAGUGCAUUUAUUCUCUGUAGUUCCUGUGUGCAUAAUUUAGCUUUAUUUUGAAUGAUUAAUACUUUUUAAUAGUAUCAUGAAAUGACAAGUUGCAGACCAGUUACCGGGAACAAAAGGUUUGUUUUACAUAAAUUAAAUGAAAACAAUGGAGGAAUUUUGUAAACCACUGAUGCACAGAAAUUUAACCUGAAUAAUAUUUAAAUGUUUAAUGGCUGAUUUUGUUUUUAAAAUAAAUUAAUUAACUGUUUUUGUGUCACUCCUUAAGAUGAAGAUUAAAAACAAGGUAGAAACAAAGAAGAACAAAAUGAUAAGAGACUCCCCUGUACUGAUAUGAGUAGAGUAUGUGAUGCUGUACUGACAAUAAUAUUUCAUUAUUCUAUUUAUCUACAAUUUGUCAAUGAGUCCAGUUGACUAAGAAUACAUAAUAAUUAGUAUUAUUUGAGGGAAUUUGCAAACUCCCAGUAAGAAACUGGUACUUUGGGACACAGGUGACGGAGUGUGACACACAUUAUCUGAGAAAAUACACAAAUAUGAUCUGAAAAAUCUUUGCAGUUUAAUCAUUAUACAAAGUUAGUCAUUAACAGGUACUUCAUUUUGUGAAAAUCUACAUGUGUAAAUAUAGUCUUUGGUGUGUAUUUGACAGCAGUUUAACGUGAAAAAUAAAGUAAUAAUAAUGAUACAAUCUGUUAUGAAUGCACAGAGAGGUCAAGUGCUGCAGAGCUGCAUCUUAUACACUGACGUGAUGGAGAGGUUGUGUUCAUCAUUCAAGUGCUGUCGAGUUUGAAUGGUUUCCUUUCAAAAAGAGCUGGCAUUAGGGGACAUACAUUUUACAAUACACAUUGAUUUAUUAUUAUUAUUAGACAGUUAAAACAGAGACACACAAGCCUUUGUUUCAGUUCAACCUGCGCCAUCUGCAGGUAAGAAAUAUAACAGCAGCAGCAGCAGGUUCGUUCUGCACAAAUGUUACUUUUCUGUAGGUGUCGCUGUUUGACGCGUGUUGAACUGGACAAUGACCGCUCCCCCUUGUGGAGAAGCUGCUGCAGCAGCGAGGUGGUGAAUGAGUUUCCCACCAGUUUGCAGAAAGUGUUUUGCUGACAUGACGACUUGGUGCAAAGGUAGCAUGACUCAGAGCUGCCAGCAGACAAACCACACUUCAGUCAGAUGAUCCUGCUAAAUCUCUGAAGCUGAUUAUGAGGUUAAUUGAUGAAAGACAAUAUUUAAACUUGUUGGAAUCAAACAUUUAAAUUGAAACUGUUUAUCAACAAUACUUGUUGAAUUUUACAAAUAUAUAAUGUUUUAAAUUUGAGGUUAUUUACAUAUGAAUAUAUGA